AUGGUGGAAAAAGUACUUGUACAGUUGUGGACAUUAUUUCAUAACUCACCAAAGGAGACUGCCUAUGCAAAAGCAGUUGUAAGUUACAACCAGAUUUCAUUGUCAAUGAAAGGUUGUAAGAAAAUUGGAAAGUCUUUCAAAAAGGCUCACAGAACUAUAUGGAUCUCCAUGGAGAAGGCAAUAGGCAAUGUUUACAAUUAUUUUGUCCCUCUGACUCCAACACUUUGCUUGUUGAAUGAAGACGGAGAUUCAGUGGCUAUUGGUCUCUUGCAACACAUUGGAAAUAUCAAGUUUCUUUCAGCUGUUUAUUUGUUGCACCAGGUUCUACCCCCACCUGCUCAUCUGAGUAAAGUGUUCCAAGCAGGUUCUGUGUCAUUUGCAGCAAUUGGCUACAUCCUUUAG